AUGAAUCCAAGUGCACAGAGAAUUAGGGAAGAUACCCGGAAAUGGGAUGGUCAAGUAAUUAGACAGAAUUUUACUGGAAACUUGAGUAAAUUAGUUAAAGAAGAGGUGGAGAAAGAAAGAGAAGAAGAAGAUGCAGCACUCAUUUCAGAAAAUAAUGAAGUGAAACAAGAAGCGGUGGAAUUUGAGCAACAACAACCCAGAGAAGACGAAGAAGAAUCUGAACUACCCAUUUCAGAAAUUGAAGAUUAUAUGAACAUCUCUCAUCAUUUUAGGUCCAAAGGGAAGCAAACUGAUUGCUCCUAUGUGGAUGUUCAGUUGAACUCUAGGAGCCUUAAAAGCAAACGAAAGAUAGAAAGUGUUGAUGGAAACUCUGGAGAUACCUAUUCUUUGGCAAUGAAACGAGCAAAAGAGGUUCGAGCCAAACUGGACCCUGGAUUCCCUAGCUUCUUAAAGUUAAUGCUGCGUUCUCAUGUUUCUGGAGGAUUCUGUCUUCAUAUUCCUUCGUGUUUCUGCAAAUUGCAUAUGCCAAAGCAUGAUCAAACAAUUGUUUUGGAGGAUGAAACUGGCAAAGCAUAUGAAGUAAAAUACCUUGCUGAUAAAAUGGCACUAAGUGCUGGUUGGAAAGGAUUUUCCAUUCUGCACAACUUGCUUGAGGGCGACGUUAUUGUUUUUCAUUUGGUGCAGUUCGACAAGGUUAAGGUGUACAUUGUGAAAGCAAGCAGUUCAGGUGAGAUUAUUGAUGGUGCCCUUUGCAAUUCAAAUCUAAAUGCUAAUGCAGAAGAAAGAGAUCUUGGAUCACAAGGUGGAAAGAACAAUACAAGUUGCGCUAGUGGAGAAGAAAAAUCUCAUUCUUCCCAUUUUACAACUGGUAGAGACGAGUCUAAGAAUGGUGAGGAUUCCUCGUGCAAAAAUGCGGAUGGUGGUUUACAAGGAUCUUUUGUUGAGUUUCAGGAGUUCCACAUCACAGUUAAUGACAUCAUUAUAGACUCUAUGCUUACCGAAGACGUGCGUAGGAACUAUUAUGAGCUUUGCCUCGCUCGGAGCUCAUAUCUUCAUGAUCUCCUUAAGAGUGACAACAAUAUGUUAGCAGCUGGAAUAAUUACAGAGACUACAAAAAUUGCCAAUAAUAUUAGAGGGUGUAAGCUUUCAACCUCUAAUGAUGAUUUUGCAAUGUGGGACAAGACAUUAGAAGGAUUUGAAGUUUUGGGCAUGGAUGUUAGAUUUUUGCGUUCACGGUUAAGCUAUCUUGCGAAUAUUGCUUCAAAAAUAAGAGAGACGCCACGAUUGAAAAGGUAUGCAGAAGCUAGGCUUGAGCGAGACUGCAGAGAAGAAGAGAUUCGGACUCUGAAAUCGAGACUACGAGAGCUUAAACAAGCAAAAAGGACGCUGGAUAAUGACAUAGCUGUUCUGAAGGUAGAGGUCGGCGGGUUUGAGCUCAUAUUUGAAGAAGAAGCUAAUAUAUCAUGUUCUACUGCAGUCCCAUGUCCUGAUGGUGAAUGGCUUGGUACAGCAGCAGAUAUUAAUAUUAUUGUGCCUUGUGCAAUCCUAGAAAUAAUGAAUAUUAAUGUGAAAAUUCCUUUCUGCGCCAGGGCUACAACGAGUGCUGUUCCGAUGCUGGAAGCGCCGCGAGUAACUAUGGCCGAGAGGCCAGGCUUGAGAUCCAUUUCCGUUGCUUGA